CCGGGGCGGAGCCGCUCGGAGCCGUUCGGAGCCGCUCCGGAGCGUUCGGGGAGCGCAAGCGUUUCCCCGCAGGGCGAUGCCGGCCGGGGCGCUGCUGGCGCUGCUGCUGCUGCUGCUGGCGGGGGGGGCGCAGGCGUUCCCGGGGGCGCCGCGGGCGCUCAGCGCGGUGGGGCUGUCAGGCACCGCCGCUCUCCCGCGGUUCGGCGGCUUCGGCAGCAACGGCACCGGACUGGGCUUCCAGCGCAUGGUGCGCAUCGACGGCGCUCUGCUGCUGGCGGCCAGGGAUCACAUCUUCGCCUUCGAGCUGGGCACGACGGGGCCUCUGCGCCCCCAGCGGCACCUGACGUGGGAGCCACGCGACAGGGGCAGCUGCGCCCUACGUGGACGCCAACAGGAUGAGUGCCACAACUAUAUCAGGGUGCUGGUACCCCGCGACGCUCGCACCCUCCUGGCCUGCGGCACCAACGCCUUCAGCCCCGUCUGCAGAACCAUCCAGGUGAGCAGCCUGGCGCAGGAGGGCGAGGAGCUGAGCGGACAGGCCCGCUGCCCCUUCGAUGCCAAGCAGAGCGUCGUCGCCCUCUUUGUCGACAACAGCCUCUACUCAGCCACAGUGGCCGAUUUCCAGGCGAGUGACCCCGUGAUUUAUCGCAGCCUCAGCCCCGGGCGACCCCCCCUGCGCACCCUCAAAUACAGCUCUCGGUGGCUCCAGGAACCCCACUUUGUGCAGGCGCUGCCCUAUGGCCCCCACGUCUAUUUCUUCUUCAGGGAGGUGGCGGUGGAGCUCAGCGCUCUGGGCAAGGUGCUGGUGGCCCGGGUGGCCCGCGUGUGCCGCAAUGACCGGGGGGGUUCCCCGCGGGUGCUGGAGCGGCGCUGGACAUCGUUCCUGAAGGUUCGGCUGCACUGCUCCAUCCCCGGUGACACCGUGUUCUACUUCGACGUCCUGGAGGCGGUGACGCCCCCCUGCACCCUCCACGGGCACCCGGCUGUCCUCGCCCUCUUCGGCACCCAACCCAACAGCAUCCCCGGCUCGGCCGUCUGCGCCUUCUACCUGGCGGACGUGGAGCGCGCCUUCGAGGGGGCCUUCGCCGAGGCCCGCGGGGCGGUGUGGGCGCCGGUGCCCGAGGAGAGGGUGCCCCGACCCAGGCCCGGCUGCUGCGCUGGGAUGGCAUCGGCUGCCGCCAUCGCCACCUCGGCCGAGUUCCCCGACGAGACGUUGGCCUUCGCCAAAGAGCACCCGCUGCUGCACCGCGCCCUCGCGCCCGCCGGCCGGCGGCCCCUCUUCACCCACCCCGGGGCGCGGCUGACGCAGUUGGCGGUGGACGUGGACGUGGGACCAGGGGGCAACCGGACUGUGCUGUUCCUGGGCGCCGAGGAUGGGCGCGUGCUGAAGGUCCUGGUGGACACACGGCCUCCCGAGGGCCCCCGGCCCCCCAGUGCCACCGCAGCCCCCAGGGACAGCCAGGAGCCUGGGGACCCCGGGGACACUGGGGACACCGGCUCCAAGACGCUGCUGCUGGAGGAGAUCAGCCUCUUCGACCCUGGGAGGUGCCGGGGGCCGCGGGAUGCCAGCCGGGUGCUGGGGCUGGAGCUGCACCCACCGGGCCAGGAGCUCUACGUCGCCUUCGCCGGGUGCCUGGUGCGGCUGCCCCUGAGCCGCUGCGCCCAGCACAGCACCUGCCGCAGGAGCUGCCUGGCGGCGCGGGACCCCUACUGCGUGUGGCUGCCACCCAGGGGCUGCGUCCCCUUCUCGCGGGACCUCCCGAGCGGCUUUGAGCAGGACGUGGAGGGAGCCCUUGGGAUCACCGAGAGCUGCCGAGAUGCCUCAGCUGAGGGGGACAGUGACAGGGACGGGGACUUGGCCCAUGGGGUCUGCCAGGCCGGCCCGGGGCCCGCGGUGCCGGUGCCGGUGCUGGUGGGCUGCGUGCUGGGCGCCUUCGCGCUGGGCGCCGUGGCCACGGGGCUGCUGGCGGCCAUCUGCCGCCCCUCAGCACCCAAGGGUGCCCCAGAGCCCCCCGCCGCCGCCAUCCCGCAACCCCCAGCCCCACCGCCUGCCCCCCGCCUCUACCCCACGCUGCCGGGACCCGGGGGGCUGCCAGACCCCCCGCCACCACCCGCCACCCCUGAGGCCACCCCGCAGCGCGGCCUGGCCCCCCGCCUGGGCACCCCCGAGCCCCCCGGGCCGGGCCCCCCAGCCAAGGCCGCGCUGGAGGAGCUGCUGCAGCGCCUGCACGGAUCGGGGGGCUCGGGGUGGCCGUUGACCCCCCCGGUCACCAGCUCCUUCGCCAACCGGGUGCAGCCGGGCGCGGGGGUCCCCGCAGCCCCCCGGGAUGGGGCGCCCCGCCGGUUCGAUGUGCCCCCCGACAGCCCCCCACCGCCCCGGCGCCCGCUGGCACAGAGACACUCGUUGGGGGGACCCGCGGGACCCCCUGGCACAGCCCGGCCGCUCACCCGCAUGCACUCGUUGGGGGGGCCCCCCUGGGGACCCCGGCCCCCCGCUAUGGAGCGAGCCUUCGCCCCGAAGCCCUCCAUGCUGCCCAAGCCCCUGCUGCCACCAGCGGCCCCCGGCCGGCCAUGAGCCCCCCCCGGGACAUGGGGACAGCCCCGAGCCUCCCCUGGGCUGUGACAAGAGUCCACAUGUCCCUCUCCUUGGCAUGACGAGGGUCCCUGUGUCCCCAGGUGUCCCCCUCCCCAGGGUGACAAAGGUUCCCACAUCCCCAUGUGUCCACCUCCCCGGGGUGAUGAGGGUCCCUAUGUCCCCAGGUGUCCCUCUUUGUGCAGUGAUGAGGGUCCCCACGUCUCCAGGUGUCCCCCUCCCUGGGGUGAUGAGGGUCCCAAUGUCCCCACGUGUCCCCCUCUCCAGGAUGACAAGGGCCCCCUCUCCAGGGUGAAGAGGGUCCCCAUGUGUUCCCCUCCCUGAGGUGACAAGGGUCCCCACAUCCCCACGUGUCCCCCUCCCCAGGGUGACAUGGGUCCCCAUGUCCCCAGGUGUCGCCCUCCCCAGGGUGACAAGGGUCCCUGUGUCCCCAAGUGUCCCCCUCCCCAGGUCACUGGGGUCCCCAUAUCCCCAGAUGUCCUCCUCUCUGGCAAAACUAGGGUCCCCGUGUCCCCACGUGCCCCCAUCCCCAGGUGACAAGAGUCCAAGUGUCCCCCUCCCCAGGUCACUGGGGUCCCCGUGUCCCCAGGUGUCCCCCUCCCCAGGUCACUGGGGUCCCCAUAUCCCCAGAUGUCCUCCCCCCUGGCAAGACUCAGGUCCCCGUGUCCCCCUCCCCAGGGUGACGAGGGUCCCCGUGUCCCCAGGUGUCCCCCUCCCCAGGGUGACAAGGGUCCCCACGUCCCCAGGUGUCCCCCUCCCCAGGGUGAGGAGUGUCCCCGUGUCCCCAGCCCCCCGCCAUGGUGACAAGGGUCCCUGUGGCCCCCAGGGAGGGUCCCCCUGUCCCCUCCCUCCCCACGGGGGUGCGAGGAUCCCCAUCCCUAUGUCCCCCCCUCUAUGUCCUGAGCUCCCAGGGCUUUUCCCUUUGGAUCCUCUCUAAUUUAUUGGUUGCUUUGGAGCCUCGGGAGCCGCCGUGGCCGCCCUGAUGGCUGCAGCCCCCGGAACACCGGGAAGGGCGCGGGACACGGCAGCUCUUGGCCCCAGAGCUCGGUUCCUCCUACUGUGUAGGUCCAAUUCCACAUUAAAGCCAUGGUCCUUCC